GAUGCUGAUCUCUCGGUAAAUUAAAAGGACGGAACGGCGUCCAAGCAAAAGCAAGCACGAGUGGUUCAAAAUCAACCUUUAGCCGGUGUGAAACUAGGCAGUCUGAAUUUUUUAGUAUAUAAAAACGCACAGCGCCAAAGUAUUUGUUGGGGACUUUUCCUUUCACAAAUAUCUGUCUCUGUCAGAAUGAGGUUUCCUAACAGAAAACUACACACGGCGGUACACGGAGAGCACUCGGAAGCUCGUGCAAACUUUCAAAAUCCUUUCGUGCACGAGCUGAGAUUCACACCCAUGCAGAAACUGAAGAUAGCUGUGAUGACCGUGACACUCUUUCCUGUGCGUCUGCUGUUUGCCGCGUUCAUGAUGUUGUUGGCCUGGCCCUUCGCGUUUGUGGCCACCGUCGGCCGUUCUGAGGAUGCGGUAGAGCCUCUCUCCUGGUGGAGAUGGUUAGUGGAUUUGGUCUUAAAGGCCAUUAUGAGGGCCAUGUGGUUUUCCGGGGGGUUCCAUUGGAUCCGUGUGAAGGGACGGCCAGCUCUGCCCAGCGAAGCGCCCUUCCUCACCAUGGCCCCCCACUCAUCCUACUUUGACGCCAUCCCGGUUACCAUGAUGAUGGCAUCUAUAGUGAUGAAGGCAGAGAGCAAAGACAUUCCAGUCUGGGGCACCCUUAUUAAGUUCAUCCGGCCGAUGUUUGUGUCCCGCUCGGAUCAGGACUCUAGGAAAAAGACCGUUGAGGAGAUCAGACGCAGGGCGUGUUCGGCUGGCGAGUGGCCUCAGAUCAUGAUAUUCCCAGAGGGCACAUGCACCAAUAGAUCCUGUCUCAUCGCGUUUAAGCCUGGUGCGUUCAUCCCUGGAGUUCCCGUACAGCCUGUGGUUUUGCGUUAUCCCAACGAGAUGGAUACCAUCUCAUGGACGUGGCAGGGCCCUGGAGCAUUUGAGAUUUUGUGGCUGACGUUAUGCCAGUUACACAAUUCCAUAGAAAUAGAGUAUCUCCCCACAUACACCCCAUCAGAGGAAGAGAAGAAAGAUCCUGCGUUGUUUGCCAGUAAUGUGAGGCGGAUCAUGGCCAAGGCACUGGGGGUGCCCAUCAUCGACUACUCUUUUGAAGAUUGCCAGCUUGCAAUGGCCAAGGGCCCUCUGCGUUUGCCCCGACACACCUGCUUGCUGGAGUUUGCCAGACUGGUGCGCUGUUUAGGACUGAAGAAAAGGGUCACAGACGAAGUCCUUCAUGAUGAAGCCAUCAGGGCCCGUCAGAUGAGCGGAAAAAGAUUGGACGUGCAGGCCUUUGCCCGGUACCUCAACCAUCCCAUGACAGAGGCGGUCCAGGACAUCUUCUCACUUUUUGAAGAGAAUGGGGUGAUGGACGUGAAAGAGUAUGUCACCGCUCUGUCCGUGGUCUGCAGACCUUUCAGAUAUCUGGACACCAUUAAACUGGCCUUCAUGAUGUUUGAAGCGCAAGAAGAUGGAGCUGUUGUAGAAGAUGAGUUGGCCACAAUUUUAAAAACGGUUCUGGGGGUCGAAGAGUUCGCUGUUGUUGACCUCUUUAGGGCCAUUGAUUGUCAAGACAAAGGAAAGAUCACAUAUGGUGAUUUUUGCGGGUUUAUGAAGAAAUGCCCAGAUUUUGUGGAGCAGUAUCACUGUCUCCAUGACUCAACACCAAGACACUCACCUUCAGAGUCUCGGCCUUCAACUAAUGGCUUCUGUGGUGACUUCAGCCCCAAAGAACUAAACCAUCACAGAACAGAACACAGCAAGAAACAGGACUGAAAGCUUUUACCCUCACAGCCUGUCACUCUCAGUGUGUGUGUGUGUGAGAGAGAUGUGAUGAUGAAUGAUAAGUUGAGUCUAAAUUUGCAUCUGGGAACAUCACAUCUGGGAUUUUCCCAGAGUUCUUUUGAAAAUCUUUCAAUAAUUUAUUUUUUCAUUUCCUCCAAGAGCCUCAGCUUAUCUUCAAAGCAGUUUUUUUUCUGACAGUAACGGAAAGGAAACCUGUUCUUCGAUGUCUUGUUUUUUUUAGAGAGAGAGCUUUUAACAGUUGUCAUAUAUAAAGUGGCAUUCAGUUUAUAACAUGAGCGUGUGAUUUAUAAAUAACAGAUUCUUUGGGUUGUUUAGGCAAACUGAUGCUAACACAGGUGAUGCUUGUGCCAGUACUGUAGAUACUAAUAUUGGUUAAACUUCAUUUCUUGCCGGUUGAAUUGAUCGUUUAUACAGAGGCAACAUGGUGACUUAAAAUAAGUCACAGUAAGUUCUAUAUUUCUCCACCCAUAUAUUUUUGUUGCAUGUUGUAUACCUGCACAUCCUGUUUAACAUCACUGGACAACAAAACUGAUGUUGUCUGUUUACAAUGCUAGUACACAGUAUUUCCCCCAUAUUUUAUUUGACGCAUACCUUCCAUAAGGAAAACAGUAUUUAUUGCUGAUAUAUUGCUAAUUUUAUAUUUAUUGUAUACGCUACUGCUCAAACGUUUAGGGUCACUUGACUGAUCCGAAGGCAUGUCUGAAUGUUUGAAAUUAGCUAUGUGGAGAAAAAUAAUUGUGCCAACGCGUUUUUCAUUAUAAAACAAAAGUUUUAUUUCAAAAGUAUGUUAUUGAAAUUGAAGAUGAACCGGUGGGCACUCCUUCAAUAUUAUUUAAAAAGCAUCCCAAUGUAAGACUUUUAGAAGUUGGCUGAUGAAAUGCCAGGAGAACAUUUCUGCAAAUGCUAGCCAGAGGUUGACUACAAUAAAGGUGAUAUACUGUAUACAGUACUGUUCAAAAGUCUUUGGCACGUUAGGAUUUUCAUGCCCCAAAAAAUGGUUUUGAGCCAGUUAUUUAUAUAUUUCGCAUUUUUAUUUAUUUACGUAUUUUUCUGUAGUGUGUCAGUAGCAAAUAUCAGUUAACAUUUCCAAACUUUUUGUCAUUAUUUGUAAAAAUUCCAGUGUCAUUUAUGAUUGUAGCUGUUGUCAUGCAAAAAUCGCACUGGAUUAUUACAAGUAUUGGCAAAAAGAAAUGUUUGGAAAUGUAAACUGAUAUUUUCUACUGACCGACAUAAAAAAGACGUAAAUAACUGGCAUGAAACCCUUUUUUUGGGGGGGGGGGUUGAGUGCAGGUACAAACAUUAACGUGCCUUUUGCAGUGUAUAACAAUUUAUUUUGUAUGCUUUGUCAAAAUAUAAUUCCAAAAAUUUCUGCAAUAACAUUUAUUGUGUGGUUUUGAUGAGUUUACUAUUACAGGGACAGUUCACACACAAAUUCAAUUCUGUCUCCAUUUGUUCAUCAAGUUGAUCCAAACCUGUAUACAUUUCUUUGAAAAAAAGGAACGAUAUAGGCUAUGGAAGAAUGUUAGCAAUUUUAUUUUCUGGGACAUCAUUCACUAGAAAAAAAUAGUUUUUUUUUUGUUCUGUUAAAAACAGAGAUAUGUUUAAGAUUUUAGCAAACAGUUCUGGGGCACCUUUGACUACCAUUUUAAGUGUUCCUAUGGUGGUCAGUGAUGUCCCAGAACUGAAAAUUGCUAAUAUUGUUCCAAAUAUCUUCUUUUGUGUUUAGCAGAACAACUUGAGGGUGAGUUGAGUAAAUAACAGAAUUUUCAUUUUUGGGUGAACUCUUUAAUUUUAGAAAAUAUAAAGAAUAAGUGACCCUAAACUUUGGAUGGGUAGUGUAUUUAUUUUGAUCUAUUUUAAAUUGUGGAUUGUUAAGAUUUCAUGCAUAGUAAGUUAAUGUUUAUUACACAGCUAUAUAUCCCUGGUCCUUAAUUUACUCAUUACAACAGCCUUGAUCCUUUAACCAGACUUUCUUCAGAUGUUUUUAAUGACCAUUGAAGAAUUGUACACUGAUCACUAGCAGUUUUACAAAAGGAAGAAUAAAGGUAAAGCACACAGCAUUUCUAUAAUAGCCUAAACUUGCCUCUAAAUCUCAGUUUUUACCACCACAAGGCGGCGCAAUAUAACAACAGAAGUAGAGAAAGGGAGCCUGGAUCGUCUUACACAUGCUGUUGGAUCUUUUAACGCAGUUGUUCACAAGAGACUGUCAAAAUAUUGUUUUAAAUAUUAUUAAGAUGUUGCAAUGUGGCUUUUGGAUUUUAUACGAUAGUAUUGACGUUAACUACAGUAGAGUUGUUUUAUAAACUACAAGCUCAAAAGAUGAACAAUUUAAAUGGUAGCACCCUUUAAAUGUAGUAAAUAUAAAUGAACUACACUAUAUAAAUAUGGUAAUUAUGUACGAAUGCAGUGCUGCUACUAUUUCUGUGA